ACAUUUACGGGAAUGUUAGAAUAAAAAAAAAAUCACUUGUGGUAAAGAAUAUAUAGACCAUUCUUCUGAGUUUAAUAUACUUUAAAACCUCUAAUAAUUUAUAUUAUAUAUGUGUAAUAGCUGGUAACCAAGGCUCUUUCAAUACAAUGUUCGUAAUACGAAAUACAAGUUUGAGAUUAGUAUUCUAUUAUGGUCAUUAAUCACGGUUUAUUACGUCAUGUAAUAAUUUUUUAUUUCACUUUAAUCUAGUCUGCUAUGAGUUUCAAAACAAAUUCAUUUUAAAAAUAAUCUAUGAACAAAAUUAACAGUCUUUUUUUUUUUACGUACAUUAUUACACCUAGCAUUAUGUAAAAAAAAUCGAGCAAUCAACAAAAUACCGUUAAAAACUUGAAAGCUUAGUGAUUUCACAAACUAAAACCAUGACGAGCAUUUUGUAAAGAUCACCUUACAGUCUUCGAAAAGGUUUGUUUAUGAGCAUUGUAGUUUUUAAGAAUAGAUAAGCUAAUAUCUUGAAAAAUUGACGACAGUAAAAUCCCAAGCCACCAAAUCCCAAUAUGCAAUUUUUAUCCUGAAACAAAAAAUUACUUACCACAAAUAAUACGCAUUGCAUACGGAUCUUGAAAAGAUUUGAACAUUUGUAUUAUAUUUUUCUCACUUUUUACAUCGCUCUCACUACAAAACACGCUAUUUGAAAAUAUAAACUCAAACUGUUUUAAGUUCGUUCACAGAGCGAUAAAAACGCAUGCGUUUUAUAGUAGCGCUUGCUAUUCUAGGUACGAUUCGCGCAUCUCACGGGUGUUGUCAAACAUUGGAGCUCAUUUCGCCGCGCCAGUAUCAAGCAGCAAGGCAAGGCGACAGCAGGCAGUAUUAGUGCAGCAACGAAAAGUGCGUCGCUUAAACGCCUGUCCGCUACCGACUCGCUUGCAUAAUAUAUGAUAUCAUCACACAAAUACAUUAAACACUUAUAAAGAAAAAUGUCUACUGAAGCACAGAAUACGGAUGCCGCUGUGGAGCAAGUGACACAGGAAGUCAAGGACGUCAAGCUUGAGAACGGGAACGCGCCGGGAGCAUCCAAUGGAACGUCCAGUAAAAGCGAGGAUAACGCCUUAUCUUUCAAGGAAGCCUUCAAGGCGUUUUCCAAAUUUGGAGAUCCCAAGUCCGAUGGAAAAGCCAUCACGCUCUCGCAAAGCGACAAAUGGAUGAAGCAAGCCAAAGUCAUUGAUGGAAAGAAAAUAACAACAACGGACACGGCCAUUCACUUCAAAAAACUCAAAUCGGUAAAACUCGGCAUCGACGACUACCAGAAGUUUCUAGAUGAUCUCGCGAAGAACAAAAAAGUGGAACUUGACGAAAUUAAGAAGAAGUUGACAACUUGCGGCCAACCGGGAAUUACAUCACACGUUACAAAAUCACCGGCAGCCGCAGCGGCCGUAGAUCGAUUGACAGACACAAGCAAAUAUACUGGCUCGCACAGGCAGCGCUUCGAUGAAACUGGAAAAGGGAAGGGAAUCGCCGGCAGGAAAGACUUAGUCGACGGGUCCGGCUACGUCACUGGAUACCAACAUAAAGAUACUUACAAUAAAUCUCACUAAAUCCAAAUAAAAAAUUUUGCGCAACUAUAUUGGUGUUACAUUGAACGUAGUUUAGCAUAAAGACGUUACUCAAGACAUGUAAAGCCAUGAUUCAUUAAUAGAAUUCAAUAAUGAGAUUACAUCUCGAUCAACCAAUCAUGAACGGCUUAUGCACACUUCAGUGAACGCCUAACAAAAUUAUGGUUUUAUUUAAAAUGAGUUAUAGGAGCUUCAUCGGCUCGUUAUAAAAAGACUUUAAUGAAUAGUACGAACGUCAUCAAUUUUUAAAAGUGCUUACGAUGAAAAAGUUUCCAUUUUGAAUAGUGAAAUUCUUUUUGCUAAACUGCGUCCAAAUUAAAAUGAUAUCACGGCAAUAUUAAAAAUAAUAUAAAUAAUAAUUCGUCUUCGUUAUUGUACGUACGUAACUUUUGAACAAGUACCUCCUAUACACUAUAAUAUAAAGUACAUUACGUGUUAUCUAUUAGAUUUUAACUUGCAUUUUAAUGUCCCGUUAUUUGGACAAGAAACAUUUUAUUAUUGGGCAUAUCCCGCUUUUCUAUAAUAUAUAUUAAUAUUCAUGUAUAAUACAUACAAAUAAAUUUGUCUAGUCUUUUAUUAAAGCUCUUACUCAGUCGCCUUAUAUACCUACACUGCUUGUAGCUGAUCUAAAUAAUCAUACAUUAUGUUCUAGAUCUAAAAUUAAGCCAGUACAAAAUGAAAACAGCUAUUGUGAUGAUUAUAAAUUGAAAGAUAAUGCUUACUUUUUUUCAUAUAUCUAAUUUUAAGGUUGUUGAAUUUUGUUACUUUUAUUUUUGAUAUUGUGUAACAUUAUUUGAAUUAAAUGUAUUCGAGAAUUCAGACGUUCCUACAACCGUCAAAUUUCAUAUUACAAGAACGGUCACUGUACGAAAUGGGAAUAUAUAAUUUUAAUGAUACAAUAAUAAUAAUAAUAACUCUAAAUUAUUUUAUUGUAAUAAAGACAUUUCAAUUUA